AGCCCAUUAUCAAUGGUGACAAGAAUGUUGACCGAUUCAAUGUUACUGCAAAGUAAGUCACUAGAGAGAUUACCAAACAUGUGAUGAGGACCCAGCUUCGAAGGACAGUCUCUGUGUGAUCGCAAUCUGCCAUGAUCUUAUUGCACAGAGCUGUCACAUCCAUACGCCAAUCACACUGGGACUUGCCAUUCUGAUUCAUCAUGAGUUUGGUAGUAAGACACUUAUUGAUGAGCUCAGUGCAAUGGGGCACUGUGUUUCCUACACAGAGGUUAGGCACUUCCUCACAUCUGUGGCAGCAGACCAGAUAUCAAGAACAAAGAGUGGUGUCUACAUCCCAACUGGUCUCACUGGAGUCGCUGAACAUGGCAUUGUUGAUGCAGCCAUCGACAACUUUGAUCAAAAUGAAGACACUCUGGAUGGGAAGCAUACAACCCACGCUAUGGCUUCUGUUGUGUUCCGAAGAGGCCAUGUCUCCACAGCAGAUAAAUGCCUGGCACGGGUUCCAGAGAGGUCCCUCACUACCUUAAACACAUUCGACAUGGAUGGAGAUAGACUUUACAGAUACAUCAAAUCUACAAAGCGACCAGAACCACCUGAGCUUCCCCAACCUGAGUUACUGCACGCAAACACAACAGUCUCCAAAGCAGCUGAUGACAGAGAUCUGGUAUGGAAGCUGGCCCGAAACGUAAGGGAGAAUCAGCAGCAGGUCCCUGCAUGGUCUGCAUUCAAUGUCUUCAUGUCAGACACUGCUUGUUCAGUAGCCAGUGUACUCUACAUGCCCUUCAUAAGAGAAUCACCUUCAGAAUUGUCCACCAUCUAUACAUCUAUGGUACGACUUGUACAGCUUGCUGCAGAACUGGGACAGCUCCAUAUUCUUGUGACUGCAGACCUGGCCAUUUACAGUAAAGCACAACAGAUCUUGUGGAGCAAACCACCGCUCUUAAAUGGAAAGAUCACAAUGAGACUGGGAGGUAUGCAUAUCACGAUGGCUUACCUUGCAAGCAUUGGCAAGCUCUAUGGCGAUGGUGGACUGUUUGACAUACUAACAGAGACAGAUGUGUAUGCAGAGGGAACAGCACGACAGUUGCUUCAAGGGAAACAGCUGGCAAGAGGAGUAAGGAGCAUAAAGCUAGCCUCUGAGGCCCUGUUCAGGCUCUUCUGGAAAGCCAUGCAAUCAUGGCUUAAAAAACAAGGCCAAUGUGCAAUGACUAAAGCACAAGAGCAACUCCUAAAAGAUGUGCAGCAUGCAUUUGAGGGUAAUGACAAGGCCACUGCUCAACAGCUCAUCAAUGAGGUGAAGACUGAACUCCCUGAGAUCCAGAAUAGAAUCCAGAUGUUCACAAAUGAGGGAGUUAAGCAAUCAGCAACCUUUGGGUACUGGUUAACAUUCCUAAAUGGUGCUGAUCUGUUGCUAAGGAUGCUUCGUUCAGAGCGUGAAGCUGACUUUCAACUUCACCUGAAUUGCAUGUGUGAGGUUAUGCCUUGGUUCAGAGCUGCUGGAAGGACCAAUUAUGCCAAGUACACGCCAGUCUAUGUUGCAGAAAUGAAAUCCCUUGAACAGGAACAACCAGAAGCAUACACAUUCAUGCAACAGGGGGGAUUUGUUGUUCGCCGGUCUGAGGAUCGAAGCUUCAACUGUGUGGCUACUGAUCAGGCACUGGAGCAAACCAUCAACCGAGAAGGCAAGAGUCAGGGUGGAGUUGUUGGCUUCACACUACGGAAGGGAGCUCUCACAAGAUGGCUAAUGACAAGACAUGUGACCACAGCAUAUGUAGAUGGCAUGAAAGAUCAUCCAAACUACAAUCCUGUCACCUGUCUCCUUUGUGUGCUAUUGCUGAGCUGUGUGCCUCAUCCCCCGGUGAUGUCAAACGUUUUAAAAGUCUCUCUGUCUCGAUGGAGAUCUCCGUAUGGUCACCUGGUGCUGCACAUUGUGGAGAUCAUGCAGCAAGGUUCCCAGCUGGCCUGCUUCCACGGUUUCGGAACCAUCCGCAGCCUGAAGGAGCGUUUCCAUAUGAGCCUGACCGAGGAGCAGCUGCAGGUUCUGGUGGAGCAGCUGGUAGACGGCUCCAUGCGCUCCAUCAACCCCUAAACUUUACGACUCCUUCCAGUACGUCACAAACGGCAUCAUGUGACCAGACGCUGAGUCAGCUGUUCUUUUGUUUUCGUUCUUAAGCACAUAAACACUCCAUGUGAAGCACACGCGACAAAUGCUGAAUGUUUUCCCCAUGAUGUGGGCUGAACACUAACAUGCUAUCAUUAGCACGCAUCCACGCGUGUUGAUGGCGUGGAAAAGAUGACUGAUGUGUUGUAAAUGACACAUUUGUGCUAGAAAUUGCGUCAAUUCACAUUUAUUGAAAUGUAGAACGAUGCUUUAACGUCGCUGAGACUUGAUGGAACAUUCCAGCUAACAGAGCGUUGUUUGAGCCCCCGACGUUGGCGCGCUGUGGUUGGUCGACACAUACCUUGCCGGUGAUUGACUGCAGCCAAUCAACACAUUUCUGAUUAUGUGAACAAAAUGGAAGCUAACCUAGCGUCAGUAAAGCCUUCAAGCAGGUACUUAUUAGUAUGUAUACACCUGCUUACAUAAUGCUAGUUACAUACUUACCUACUAAUGAACAAAGUACGUACUACCAAAUAUUACUACCACAGUAGUACUACUCAGUAAUUACAUAGUCCUACUACACAAUAAUAUGUUAGUACGACACAGCAGUAGUUUAGUAGUGCGUGCGUACUAAGUACAACACAAUCAUAGUUUAGUAGUGCGUUCUACUAACUACUGAGUAGUUGUUUAAUAGUGCAUACAUAGUACUACUAAACAGUAGUUUAGGAGCGUGUACGUAAAAUGUACUAUGCUGAGUAACUCAAGUAGUACACACUAUGUAAUACGCAGUGUACUACAUAAGGUGUACUUAAUUGUACUCUGUGGUUGACUGCAGCCAAUCGGGUUUCUGAUUGUGUACUUGAACUUUGUAUGACAACGAAGUGGUUAACUUCCACUAAAUAUACAAAUCUAAAUAAGCAUCAAAGCAGCCUUGAAGAUGUUAUAAUGUACAGUCUAUAUUUAUAUUUAACACAACCAAUGCAUUUAGAUUGUACUAACCAGCUAACUUGUUUUUGUUUUCGUACACACAACUUCAAACUGGAAUAAAC